UACAUGAUGCAACAACAACAACAAGGAAAGGGUAUACAGCAUCAGCAACGAGGUGAGUCGUCAGAUGAGGACCAGUUUAAUCUGUUACUACAGGAGAGGUUACAGGUAUCAUCGGGAGAUUCUAGAACAAAUACAGGAACUGCCAAUAUUGAUACAGGACAGAUGGGUGGAGUUGGAAAAGGGGAGGGCCAGCCUCAGUUGAUUGUGUUCAGUGAUAGUGAUACCUCUACCACACACGAUGUAAAUCAGAAUAAGAAAACAUUCCAACAACCAUUAGUUAAUAAAAAACCUCCAGGACCUCUGCCUCAAAAACCACCUAAACCUCCCAGAAAUGGUGAUUCUCAACCUCUUGUAUCUAUAACACCACCAUCAUCCCCAAAGACGGCUGUGAAAGGUCAUCGUCGAAACGUCAGUGAUACUUCUGGCUAUCGUAUGGGUGGGAGGGGCAGUGCCUUUAGGGCAUAUGGUGGAGGGGGUCCAGAUACCCUCAGUGCCAUUCAUGAUCAUAAAUCCAAAUCUGCAACCACUAGUCCUAUCAACUCACCAUCUAGGCCAAUUGGAAUGACUCGGACAGUAUCCAUGGAUGAAUGGAAUCCCUUUGAAGAAGAUAAUUUUGGAAAUGAGACGGAGGAUUCCAUAUUUGGGAAAGAGUUUGAUAAACUACGAAGAGGUUCAAACAGUAGUAUAUCAAAUGUUAAGAGUAGAGAAGAUUUGGUGAUGUCAGGGUCUGAUUCUUCCACUGAUCCAUUCCAAAAUGCUCCUUUCAAAAAGCAUGAUCAUAUGUCUGACAGUGAUGAUGACUAUAUGGAUGGUAAUGAUAACUCGAGUAAAUCCCAACGAGAUAAUCAGAAAUCUCAGGAACCCUUCUCCAUGAGGGCAGCACUUGGCAUGUCUUCCAAAUAUAACAAACUAGUUGAUAGUGGAGAUUAUUAUGAUGGUGAUCAUCAAGAAGAUGAAAUUAACAAUGAUAAAUCUUCAAAUAAAUACAAUAAACUGAUGGAUAAAAGCAAAGGUGAUUCUAAAAAUAAUAAGUCAAAGAAUGUGAAUAACAAUAAUGGACGAGGGAAAGCUAAUUUAGAUAUGAAAAAAGACAUUGCAAAGAGCUGUAAAAAUUAUGAAGAAAAUCUUCAAAAGUACAAAAGAAACUUGCCUAAAAAUACACAUAUAACACCAUCUGGUGAUAUCAUUAAACCACGUCACCGGCGACGGGAAUCCAGUUCCUCACAUGCUGAUGAAGAUAGUAUAUGUGAACAAAAAGGAACUGAGUUUUAUUAUAGGGAAUUGGAUGAUGAGUAUGGAAGUCGUCCUAGUGCUCAUGUUACAAAAAAAGAUCAUGAUGUUAUUUCCAUGAUUUCUACAUCGAGUCAGGAGUACGAUCCUACUCCAAAGCAUUUACCUAUUCCUCUGCCACAGAACAGCACCUCCGAACAAGAUUCUGCUUCUACGCCCCCUGAGAAACCUGAUCCCAUUAUAGGACAUGAACAUGGUGUCCGUCCUCUGCUUGAUGAUGAUGAACUAGAAAAUGCAUAUGGUAAUCCAACACCACGAGCAUCAGAAACAACAAGUGAGGCAGAGACAAUUUAUGCUUCACCUCAAAGCUCGGAACCUACGUCUCCUGUGCCGAAACAAGAAAAUACAGAUAUAUUCGGAGCUGCACCAUUCAAAAAGAAAAUGUCUCGUAAAAGGAGACCAAGUUCUGGUUUAUAUUCAGGAGCAAAAGCAAGCUCAAAAGAUGACAUUUACAAAACAUCUGCUCAUUCUAAACCAAAUUUACCACCAAAACCUAAGCCUUCAUCAAAAUCUUCACAAAAUAAAGAUGAUUCUUCUAAAGCAAGUUACACAAAUAGACAUCGGAACAGACGACAUGCGUCUGGAGGAGAAAUGAGAGUAGGCCUGUUAGCUAGAAGUGAUGAUAGUAGUGAUAACGAUGAUGCAAAUGUAAAUGAUAUAUUUGGAAAUGCUCCAUUUAUGAAAAGGUCUUCAAGUUCAACUGAUGCUGUUUUGCAUAUUUCUCCAUUGUCUGAUCAAUUAAGAGGUAAUGUCAUUACAAAUGACCCAAACUUUUCAACUAAGACCUUUGAAUCACGAAAUGGUAUUGCCAACAGUUUUAGUGUUGAUAGUUUGAAUCUCAGAGCAGAAGCUUUACCAGACUCCUUUGGUGCCAUACCCUUCAGUACUAUGCAAGCUAGAUCUGCUAGUUCUGUGAUUUCCCAUGGAAGAGCAAUGAGUGAACAAAGGUCACCUGUACCCGGAAUUCAGACUGUGUCUAGUCCUGUAAGUUCUCCCCCAACCAUUCCAGUAACAUCAAGGUCUACAACCAGUCCAACACGCCCAGUUCCAGCACCAAAACCAACACAUUACCCAGAAUCAAGUGGAUCUGUGAUAAAACGUGAACGAGAAUCAGUGAAAACACGAGAAUCUCUGGAACCUGCACCAAAUUACCAUAAAUUCAAAGAUGAAUCGGACUCUGAUGAUGACAAGUUCUUACAAUUAGAAAAACCUAAAUACUUUAAAAGUAAGCAAUCAAGGAGUCCACGCCCUCCGGACAGAGACAUUGAAAGUUCAGCAUUUUCAAAUAUGAGUUUUAAUGAUGAUUUUGAUGAUGAAGAAAAUGAAACUGUAAAUAGUGGAAUGUCGGCAUCAAUGAACGAAGCUAGUCUACAAACAAUGAAGUCCUCACAUAGCCAGAACUUAAAUGUUGGAGGGAACCAGCAAACUGUAUUUGUGAAAGACCCUUCUCCAGUGAAUCAGGACUCGAUCAAACCACCCAUUGAUGGUGGCUAUGAUACGUCGACUUGGCCACGAAAACGACACAAAGUGCCAAGCAAACAACACGCUACGGCUGAACCGUUUACAGUUAAAAAGAGGGUUGAUAGUAUAUUUAGAUAAAUAUUUCUAGGUUACACCAAUUUUGUCAAUUGUUGUUGUGUUGAUCACAGAUUAUUUAUUUGUUGAUGUUUCUUGUUGACAGUAAUUUGCUGAAAUUUUGUCUGGACUUUUUAUGUUUUAUUUAUUAUUUUGCUAUCUUAAGAAAAAUAUGUUUAUGUGUUAUUUUGUGUAAGUAUUUCCAUACAGUUUUAUGAUAAAAGCAGUCAUACCUAGGAUAAAGGGGAAUGUAGCUUCUUAUUAACAGACAUAGGUAUAAGAAUAUAAUGUCCAACUAUUCUACAAAUUUUUAAUCUGUUGUCUUAAUUUCAAUUUGUCUUGAGGGGGAUUGUCAAAGUAAACAAGAUAAGAUAUUGUUCUAGAUAUUUUCAAGCUUUGGAGACCAUCCACUUACACAUUUAUAAGACUUGAAAGAUAAGGAA